CCACGCCAUGCCGGCGCUCGCGGACGAGGACUUCAACGCAGCCGCCGCUGGCCUCGCGCCCAGUGCCUCGGCGCUGCCCGGCACGUUUGCAUUGCCCGCCACGGAUGUGAGUGCCUGAGACUGCGCUGUGGCUCUUCGCGCGUCCGCCUGUUGAUGCGGCAGCGCUCACCACUGCGCCCGCGCACGCAGCCCGGACGCUUCCUGUCGCAGUACACCGACGUCGACUCGUCAAAUCCCGGCGCGCGCAUCAAGCUCAACCACGGCACCACGACGCUUGCGUUCCGCUUCAAGGGCGGCAUCAUCGUUGCGGUCGACUCGCGCGCCACUGCCGGCAGCUACAUUGCGUCCGGCACGGUCAAGAAGGUCAUCGAGAUCAACCCGUACCUGCUCGGCACCAUGGCCGGCGGCGCGGCCGACUGUCAGUACUGGGAGACGUACCUCGGCACGCAGUGCCGCCUGCACGAGCUGCGCAACAAGGAGCGCAUCUCGGUUGCCGCGGCGAGCAAGUACCUGAGCAACCUGGUGUAUGGGUACAAGGGCAUGGGCCUGAGCAUGGGCACGAUGAUCUGCGGCUGGGACAAGACGGGCCCCGCGCUCUUCUACGUCGACUCCGACGGCACACGGCUGAAGGGCGACGUCUUCUCCGUCGGCUCGGGCUCCACCUUCGCCUACGGCGUGCUCGACCAGGGUUACCACUGGGACCUCGAGGACGCCGAGGCACAGGAGCUUGGGCGUCGUAGCAUCUACGCCGCCACACAUCGCGACGCAUACUCGGGCAACAGCAUCAACCUCUACCACGUGCGCGAGAACGGCUGGGAGUUCAUCGCGAACUACGACGCGGCAGCACUCCACUACGACGGCCCCGGCGACGUGCCUGGCGCCCCGGGCGGCGGCUACGGCUGGGCUGUGCGGACGGAGGGUCUCUCGAGCAAGCUCGAGGCCACCGCCGGCCAGCAAGAGGCGGGCCAGGCCGGCGCGCUGGCAGACGCCCAGCCGCUCAGCGCACAGGUGCAGCCGGGGCAAGCAUGAUGAAUGACACUGCAUCUGUUCGUCUCGCUCUGUCUCCCACCAGUGUGCACGCUGGUGGGGUGGGUGCGAGGGAUCUCGGCCGCUUGAUGACGGGCUGGCGACAACCCUAUGCUUCAGCAGCGCUUAGGCGGCUGUCCGGGCGCAGUCGUCCUCCACAUCGCUACAGCCAGCUCUAUAGGGCUGUCACGCCGCCUGACAAGCUGUAG